AUGUUCCAGUGUCUGGCGCCCGGCACCGCUCACCGCAUCCUGGCGGUGGUUCGCGACUGGGAGAAGCUGCCGCCGCCGGAGGAGUGGGUGGCGGAGGCGGAGGGGGCGGGGCCGCUCGACUUCCAGGAUCCGCCGGGUCCGCAGCGGGAGCAGCUCAAGAACUUCCGCGACCGCCUGGCCGCCUCGCUGCCCAACGAGAACCGCGUCUACCUGGCCGUGCCCUGGAGCUCCAGCAGCCCCGGCCUGGACCUGGACAGCGAGGAGCACGAGGCGUACCUGACCAAGUUCCGCGAGCUGGUCACCGCCAAGCUGAAGGCGCUCAUCGCCAGGAGCCUCGAGGAGGAGCCGGAGGUGAAGGCCCGCAACAAGGCGGUGCAGGAGGUGUUCCAGGAAGCGCAGAGCCACCUGGAGCUCAUCUCUUCGCCAGACAUGGAGCCGUCCCUCCAGGACCCAGGGGGCGGCUGGUCCGAGUGUCUGGAUAAAGUGAAGGCCAUGAUGGUGGCCGCCGCGCAGGGCACAGAAGUGCUGCACAAAUUCAAUGAUGGUGUUGAGCCAUUCCAGUAUAGUGGUCACACUGCAGGGUGGCACCUGCCAGUGCUGGUUUUCAGUGGCCCGGGCAAAAGCAAGACGCUGCUGCUGGCAGCGGUGCACAAGCAACAUUCCAGCUGGCUGGGGGAUGGCGUGGUGCACGUGAUCGAGUUGAGUGGUCAUGUUGCAGGGCGGCACCCGCCAGUGGUGUUGCGCGGCGGCCCGGGCAGCGGCAAGACGUUGCUGCUGGCGGCGGUGCACCAGCAGUGCGCCGGCUGGCUGGGGGACGGCGUGGUGCGCGUGAUCGAGUUGAGUGGUCGUGUUGCAGGGCGGCACCCGCCGGUGGUGGUGCACGGCGGCCCGGGCAGCGGCAAGACGCUGGUGCUGGCGGCGGUGCACCGGCAGUGCGCCGGCUGGCUGGGGGACGGCGUGGUGCGCGUGAUCGAGUUGAGUGGUCGUGUUGCAGGGCGGCACCCGCCGGUGGUGGUGCGCGGCAGCCCGGGCAGCGGCAAGACGCUGCUGCUGGCGGCGGUGCACCAGCAGUGCGCCGGCUGGCUGGGGGACGGCGUGGUGCGCGUGGUCGAGUUGAGUGGUCGUGUUGCAGGGCGGCACCCGCCGGUGGUGGUGCGCGGCGGCCCGGGCAGCGGCAAGACGCUGGUGCUGGCGGCGGUGCACCGGCAGUGCGCCGGCUGGCUGGGGGACGGCGUGGUGCGCGUGAUCGAGUUGAGUGGUCGUGUUGCAGGGCGGCACCCGCCGGUGGUGGUGCGCGGCGGCCCGGGCAGCGGCAAGACGCUGCUGCUGGCGGCGGUGCACCGGCAGUGCGCCGGCUGGCUGGGGGACGGCGUGGUGCGCGUGAUCGAGUUGAGUGGUCGUGUUGCAGGGCGGCACCCGCCGGUGGUGGUGCGCGGCGGCCCGGGCAGCGGCAAGACGCUGGUGCUGGCGGCGGUGCACCGGCAGUGCGCCGGCUGGCUGGGGGACGGCGUGGUGCGCGUGAUCGAGUUGAGUGGUCGUGUUGCAGGGCGGCACCCGCCGGUGGUGGUGCGCGGCGGCCCGGGCAGCGGCAAGACGCUGCUGCUGGCGGCGGUGCACCGGCAGUGCGCCGGCUGGCUGGGGGACGGCGUGGUGCGCGUGGUCGAGUUGAGUGGUCGUGUUGCAGGGCGGCACCCGCCGGUGGUGGUGCGCGGCGGCCCGGGCAGCGGCAAGACGCUGGUGCUGGCGGCGGUGCACCGGCAGUGCGCCGGCUGGCUGGGGGACGGCGUGGUGCGCGUGAUCGAGUUGAGUGGUCGUGUUGCAGGGCGGCACCCGCCGGUGGUGGUGCGCGGCGGCCCGGGCAGCGGCAAGACGCUGGUGCUGGCGGCGGUGCACCGGCAGUGCGCCGGCUGGCUGGGGGACGGCGUGGUGCGCGUGAUCGAGUUGAGUGGUCGUGUUGCAGGGCGGCACCCGCCGGUGGUGGUGCGCGGCGGCCCGGGCAGCGGCAAGACGCUGCUGCUGGCGGCGGUGCACCGGCAGUGCGCCGGCUGGCUGGGGGACGGCGUGGUGCGCGUGAUCGAGUUGAGUGGUCGUGUUGCAGGGCGGCACCCGCCGGUGGUGGUGCGCGGCGGCCCGGGCAGCGGCAAGACGCUGGUGCUGGCGGCGGUGCACCGGCAGUGCGCCGGCUGGCUGGGGGACGGCGUGGUGCGCGUGAUCGAGUUGAGUGGUCGUGUUGCAGGGCGGCACCCGCCGGUGGUGGUGCGCGGCGGCCCGGGCAGCGGCAAGACGCUGCUGCUGGCGGCGGUGCACCGGCAGUGCGCCGGCUGGCUGGGGGACGGCGUGGUGCGCGUCUUCCGCGCCUGCGGCGCCACGCCGCGCUCCGCCUACAACCUGGAGCUGCUGCGCAUCCUCUGCCAGCACCUGCGCCUGCUGCUCGACCCGGCCGACGCCGACGCCGGCGCAGCGCCGCCCAUCCCCAAGGACGCCUCCUUCGACCCGCUCUAUGUCAACAACUGGUUCCAGACGCUGCUGCGGCGCUUCGAGGAGGGCGCACCCGCGCCCACGGCCACGUCUGCGUCGCCCCCGCCGAUCCUGGUGGUGCUGCUGGACGACCUGCAGCGGCUCAACCCGCUGGACUCGGACAUCGUGGCGGCGCUGUCGUGGCUGCCCGUCAGCCUGCCGCGCCGCGUCCACGUGGUCGCCACCAGCGCGCUGCCGCCCGACCAGCUCAAGAUCACCCCACUGCAGCGCGAGCGAUUCCGCGCCUCCGACUGCUGCGUGGAGCUCGCCGGCGCCGUCGAGCCUGCAGAGCUAGAACGCCGCGUGGAGUCUUCACUGGAGCAGCUGGAGGAGCAAGUGGGCAGGCUGGCCGUGUCGCGCCUGGCGGCCUUCCUCACCGCCACGGAGUUCGGCCUCUGCGAGACGGAGCUGCUGGAGCUGCUGAUGCCCACCACGGGCGGAACGCUCAGCCUCGCCGCCGGCCACUUCAGCUUCAGCUCCAUGUGUGCCGUGCGACGGCGCAUGGGCGACCUGUUGCAGGAGAAGCUGAUGAGCGGCCGGCUGCUGGUGUGCUGGCGCCACGAGCUGGCGCGGGAAGUGGCGCGCCGGCGGUACCUGCACUCGCAGGACGUGCUGCGCGCCACGCACGCCGAGGUGGGCAACCUCUUCUUCAGCGAGUUCUCGGGGCAGCAGGCCAGCGAGGGGGACGGCGACGCCGAGGAGUCGGCUCCAUCGCCAACGGAAAACAAGGAAACGCCGUUUCAAACGAGUUUCCUUCCAGAUGACGUCACGUACAGCCUCAGACAUGUUGAAGAGUCUUGGAUUCACCUCCUGAAGGCUGGGGACAGCUGCCGGCUGAAGCAGCUGACGGUGUGCAACUUCGACUUCCUGCUGGCGGCGGUGCAGACGGUGUCGGUGAGCUACCUGCGCUGCGUGCUGGAGCACGUGCGCUGCUACUUGCUGGACCGCGACCUCGAGCUCGUCUACUACACCAUCCGCAAGUCCAGCGACGUGCUCACCAGGGACCCGCUGCAGCUGGGCGCCCAGGUCGUCUGCUGGCUGCGACCCGUCGCAGAUGACAGUGGAGAUCUGGUGAGUCAUAUGAUAACUGCAGCCAUGGCCUGGUGUGAUGGCUACACGGCACCAUUACUGGUCCCACUAAAUGGUUGGCUUCAACCUCCGUUACCCUUGCAGAUUAAAAGCCUGCAUUGUCCAGCUGGUGUAAAGCUGCUAGAGCCAACACCGUCUGGCCAGCACUUGGUAGUUGUCCCACACAACGGAGACCCACAGCUGUGGCAUGUCAUGUCAAACACACUCACCCACACUUUCAAAGGACACAGUGGUCCAGUAUUAUGCCUAGCAAUUACUAAACAGUCACAGUAUCUGCUAACUGGCUCAGAUGACAUCUCAAUCAUUGUCUGGGACUUGAAGUCUCUCCAACUGAAACUGAGAAUAUAUGAGCAUAUUGCACCAGUGCUGUGCCUGACCCCUGCACUCAGCAAUGCAGUCAUUGUUAGUGGUGGAGAAGACUCAAGAAUUAUCAUAACUUCACUACUCACUGGCGAUGUUGUCAUGAAGAUAGACCAUCACCGUGGUCCAGUAACUGCUGUCAAAGUCACCGCUGCGGGGGAUGUUCUCGUGUCUGGUUCCUCAGACUCAACUGUUUGUCUGUGGUCAUUAGAGAACUUCAAUUUGCUCAACUCCAUAAGCUUAGCAUCACCUGUCACAUUCCUGGAUGUGUCACUGGAUUCUGUAUUCCUUGUUGCUGCGUGUGAAGACAACCAACUGUACCUCCGUUCUCUUGCUACUGGAACGGAGAUACACUGCCUUCGAGGACAUAAGGCAGAGAUUCGGUCUGUUUGCUUGGCUCAAGAUAAUUGCCGAGCUGUAGUAGGUGGCUCUGAUGGCAAAAUAUAUAUUUUUGAUAUGCAUAGUGGCCGUCUGAGUCGCACACUAACAAGCCAUACAACAGAAGUUUCAGGAGUGAAAGUCACGGAGAAAGAUGAUUUCCUGAUAUCUUCUGGUGGUAACAGAAUAACAUUCUGGAGCUUCCGAAGGGAUGAUGCUACGGGCCAUACUACCAGCAUCCGUAAAACUUCUCAGCACUCCCAGCAGAUGCACUCUGCAGCAAUUACUUGCUUGGAUAUAUCCCGUGAUGGCACCAUGGCUGUGACAGGUGGUGUGGACAGUUUGGUGAACAUCUGGCAGCUCAAUACUCAUGAACUCCAUUCAACCUUAGAAGGACACUUUGCUUCUGUUACUUGUGUUGCAUUUUCUCCAAAUGGACUGUUUGCUGUAUCUGGAUCAGAAGAUAAGACUGCUAGAGUGUGGGGGCUUACUUUAGGCUUAGUCGUCUCUGUAUUUAAGGGCCACCAAGCAACAAUAACAGCAGUGGCAGCCAUGAUGGACAGCCGGCGUGUAGUGACUGCUGACAGACAGGGGAUUCUUGCAGUGUGGCUCGCAGACAAUGCAACUCUGCUUCACUCCUGUGGAGGCCCGAGCCAGUGUUUGGCGAUAACUAACUCCAUGAAGUAUGUUGUAUGUGGAAAUGGAGAUACAAGUUUACGAAUAUGGGCUGUAAACAGAGAAGAUGAGCGUUACACAGUCUCUCACAGUGAAGAGAUUACCUGUUUUGUCCUAACGAUGGAUUCUCAGUACGUGAUAACAGGCUCAAGAGACAUGUCACUGAAAGUGUGGCAGGUUGCAGGAGGCAAACUAGCACAGGUUCUUGUAGGUCAUAGUGACCACGUAACAUGUGUUGCUGUAUCCAUUUUAAACAAAUCCCUUGUUGUCUCUGGAUCUCGUGAUUCAAAUCUCAUUGUCUGGGAUAUUAACACAGGCAAUGACAUUCAUAUCCUCAGUGGACAUUUGGGUUGUGUAACUACGGUGAAAGUAUCAGGAGAUGGCAGCCUGGCAGUGUCUGGUUCUGAGGAUAAGAGCAUCAUUGUGUGGGACACGAGGCGUGGACGUCCCCUCUCCUGCCUGCAACUCCAGGUGCCGAUCCUAUCUUUGGAGAUGUCUACAGACUGCUCGAGAAUUGCAGUUCACCUCCUGGAAAGCCGGCAGCUUCCCAUCAUUUGCCUGCAUAACACCCCAGCUACUUAUGUCAAGAUGCCAAGUUAUGUUGCGCCUGCGAAAGAGGUUGAAGACUUGCGACCCACUGGGCCUAAGAGACCAAUGAGAAGACUAUUGAAAAAGGAGGUCUCUCUAGACACAUAUACCUGGCAGAAAAAAUAUGGACACUUGACUUCUUCCAUAAUGAUGGCAGCUGUUGAUGAAAGACUGAAGAGGAGGUUCUCUGUCUCUGCCAGUAUGGAGGAAAUUUCCAAAAUACCAACCAAAGGUUCUACAAUGGGUUCACAACAGUGUGUGGGACCUGAGCAGGCAGCGCUUGCCCAAUCUCAGCAUUUUGAUCAGUUGGAAGCAUUGUGGAAUAAAAGGUCCCCACCAAGAAGACGUCACAAUCAGUCCUUGUCCAAGCAGAACUCUCGCUCAAGUCGGAGAGACUCUUCAGACAACGAUGAACGAACCCCUGGUGAGGAGAUUGUAGGUGCGUUUGGAGAUAACGAAAAGUCGACUGCAGUUAGAGAUCCACGUCUCACCCAGUCGUGUAUCACCCAAUGACAGUGGUGUUGGGGUUCCUUUUAGUGAACCCUACCAUAGUAUAUGCAUAGACAUUAAUCAGCUAGUCAGAAAAAUCCUGUAUUUUGCAUGUA